GGAAAAGAGAUUGGGGAAGGGUGUCUUUAUAAUUUUAUGCUGUAAAGACAGAAAGCGCUCUUUCUGAAACACAAAGAACCAGAAAAAAAAAAAAAAAAAAAAAAAGGAAGAGGGGAAAAAAACAUAUGGCGCUUCAGCUUCUUCCCAAACCUCCUCUUUAUCUUCGCUUAAUGGCUUCUCGCUUCGUCUCCUUCUCUUCUCUUCACUCCCAUUAUUAUUCUUCUUCUUCUUUGUUGCUUUCUCGUCCUCUUCUCUUCCUCAAAACCCCCAGGACAAGCUUUCGGUUGAAGAGGAAUUCGAGUAAUGGCUUUUUGCUUCCAAAUGUGGUUGCUCCGAGGGCUUUCAUGUCGUCCGGCGCCGCAACGGAAGCUACCAAAGGAAGCGCCGGUUCCAAAGCUUAUGGGUCUGAUCAAAUUCAGGUAUUGGAAGGAUUGGACCCAGUUAGGAAAAGGCCAGGAAUGUAUAUUGGAAGUACAGGAUCUCGUGGUUUGCAUCAUUUGGUUUAUGAAAUAUUGGAUAAUGCUGUUGAUGAGGCUCAAGCAGGAUUUGCUUCGAAGAUUGACGUUGUUUUACAUGAAGAUGAUUCUGUGAGCAUCGCGGAUAAUGGUCGAGGGAUUCCUAUUGAUCUGCACCCGGUGACCAAGAAAUCUUCAUUGGAGACUGUAUUAACGGUUUUGCAUGCUGGUGGCAAGUUUGGUGGUUCCAGUAGCGGAUACAGUGUGUCUGGUGGAUUACAUGGUGUAGGUUUAUCAGUUGUUAAUGCCUUAUCUGAGGCUUUGGAAGUUACAAUUUGGCGGGAUGAAAUGGAAUACCAGCAAAAAUAUUCCCGUGGGAAGCCUGUAACUACGCUAAUAUCUCAUGCCCUUCCGGUUGAAUUGAAAGACCAGCAAGGAACGCGCAUUAGAUUUUGGCCUGACAAAGAAGUAUUUACAACAGAGAUCGAGUUUGACUACAACACAAUAGCUGGACGAAUAAGGGAACUAGCUUUUCUAAAUCCACUGCUCACCAUCAAUUUGAAGAAAGAAGAUAGUGAUCCAGCAAAGAUUCAGUCUCAUGAAUACUUCUAUGCUGGGGGAUUGGUUGAAUAUGUGAAAUGGCUAAAUACUGACAAGAAACCACUUCAUGACAUUGUGGGUUUCAGAAAACAAGUUGAUGGAAUUGCAAUCGAUGUAGCUCUCCAAUGGAGUUCAGAUGCUUAUUCAGACACAAUGCUAGGAUAUGCUAAUAGCAUACGUACUGUUGAUGGGGGCACCCAUAUUGAUGGGAUAAAGGCAGCAUUGACAAGAACCCUAAACAAUCUUGGCAAAAAAUCAAAGAUUGUCAAGGAAAAGGAUCUUACACUGAGCGGUGAACAUGUAAGAGAGGGAUUGACGUGUGUUAUCUCUGUCAAGGUUCCAAAUCCGGAGUUUGAAGGCCAGACUAAGACAAGAUUGGGAAAUCCAGAGGUGAGGAAGGUGGUUGAUCAAUCUGUCCAAGAGUAUCUUACUGAAUACUUGGAGUUGCACCCAGAUGUGCUUGAUUCAAUUCUUUCCAAGGCUCUAAAUGCUCUCAAGGCUGCUUUGGCAGCAAAGAGAGCAAGGGAACUAGUGAGACAAAAGAGUGUUUUACGAUCAUCAUCACUUCCGGGAAAAUUGGCUGAUUGCUCAUCAACAAAUCCUGAAGAAUCUGAAAUCUUUAUAGUUGAAGGAGACUCAGCUGGUGGAAGUGCAAAACAAGGUCGUGAUAGGCGCUUUCAGGCAAUUCUUCCACUCAGGGGUAAAAUUUUGAAUAUUGAAAGAAAGGAUGAAGCAUCAAUGUACAAAAACGAAGAGAUUCAAAAUCUAAUUCUUGGUCUUGGACUUGGAGUAAAGGGAGAGGAUUUCAAAAAGGAGGCUUUGCGUUAUCAUAAGAUUAUCAUCUUAACAGAUGCUGAUGUAGAUGGUGCUCACAUCCGAACUCUGCUAUUGACAUUUUUCUUCAGAUAUCAGAAAGCUUUAUUCGAUGCAGGCUGCAUAUAUGUUGGUGUCCCACCCCUUUACAAGGUUGAGCGGGGAAAACAAGUAUAUUAUUGCUUUGAUGACGUUGAACUUAAAAAGCUCCAGAGUUCCUUCCCUUCGAACGCUUCCUACAAUAUUCAGAGAUUUAAAGGGCUGGGUGAAAUGAUGCCUGCACAACUGUGGGAGACGACUUUGGAUCCAGAGCAAAGGCUGCUUAAGCAGUUAGUGGUUGAGGAUGCUGCAGAAGCAAACAUUGUUUUUUCAUCCCUUAUGGGUGCCCGGGUCGAUUAUCGGAAGGAACUCAUACAGAAUUCCGCAAACAUGAUAGACCUUGAUCAGCUAGAUAUCUGAGGGACCACUGAAAGUUACUGUCAAGUUUUUAUACUGUAAAUUUUUACAGCAUGAGCGAGCAGAAUCUUGUUUAGGUAAGCGGUUACAGAGGCUUCUUUGGCAAAACCUUUGGAUUUAUUUUUGUUAGCCGCCAUUAAGAAUCAGAAACAUUUGAAUACCUCUGGUUAGUUGGACACUUGUGGUUGUGGACCUGUAGCUCUGCUUUUCAAUGGGGCAAAGAAAGUUGUUUAGGAUUUUUGGAGUUUAUUCAUUUGGGUCUACAAAUGCUGUUCAUAUGUGUUGUCAGUUGUACAAGUUAAUUUAUUGUCAAUUUGUCCUUGAGGCUGUUAAGAUUUUAUUUGGAAA